AUGAUUUCACUCGCAGAACCCGAGAAGCGCCGACAGUUGCAGGCGGAGGAGGUUGACGGUCAUGUUCACGUUUCAGGCGUUGGUGCAGUGAAGAAGGUGUACAGGGGAUUUGAUCGGAAGAGAUGUGGCAUGGAACCAAAGAAUGAAAACAUCAUUGUUCUUUACAGUUUCUGGAGGGAUACUAAAAACAGCACCUUGAACUUCAUCACAGAGUCAUGUGCUUCAGGUAAUUUAAGGGAUUACAGGAAGAAACGCAGACGGGUUUCAUUGAAGGCAUUGAAGAAUUGGUCAAGACAGAUUUUGAGAGUGAAAUAUGAAAUGAGAACUUUAUCUCAGUUUCGUCCAUUGAUACCCUUGUUAGAAGCCAUGCCAAAGGAACUUGGUGCUAGCCUGCAUGAUAUGCUUAAUCUGAUCACGGUUAAAUACAUUGAGCAUAUCGAGAAGAAACACAUGGAACCCGAAGAAUGUUAG